AUGGAGGCACCCAGGUGCCUGCCGUGCCACGUCAGCACCGAUUUCCGCCAGGCGGCGGCGGCGGCGUGGCGGAAGGAGAUGGCCACGUCAGCUAGCAGGAUGGCAAAAGAUGCGACCAGCGCGGUACAGAGGGCGAUGGCACUGACGCUGGAGAAGGCGAAGGCGGACGCGAGGGCAAAGGCAGCGGCGAAGGCGGCGGCAGAUGCCGCUGUGGCAGUGGGCAAGGCAGCGGAUGCGAAGGCGGCGGAGGCGGCGGAGGCGGUAGCGACGGCGGCGAAGGCGAAGGCAAAGGCGGCGGUAAAGGCGAGGAAUGCGGCGAAGGUGGCGGCGGAGGUGGCGGUCAAGGUGGCGGAAGGUGCGGAGGCGAUGGCGGCGAAGACGGCGGCGGUGGCGGAGGCGCUACGGACGGGUUUUGCGGGCCCUGAGCUACAUCCGCCACCAGUGCCCCCCGCCGGCUGCCCGUGUUCUCCAGAGCUCGCGUGCGAGUUCACUCUUAAUGUGACUGGAGAUAGAGAGGCCCUAAAUUGUACCCAGCCCCGUGUUUGGUCUCCCGAGAGUGCGGCCUGGACCUUUCCUCCCAACUACCCCACCAAGUGCGACUACCCGCACUUUCACGGCGGCUCGGGGGUGCUCAUUUCCAUUGGCGCAAUGCGCAAGGUGUCGUACUCGGAUGCUAUAAAAUGCUUUCAUGAUGACGUCGACAAACUCCAGACGGAACCCACAUCAUUCAAAGGGCGGUCCCACGGAGACAGGCUGACGUCCUUUUGUUUUUGGCUGCAUGGCAUCGCCAUGACGGACCCCGGACUGUCGAUCAGUCCGCUGGCGCAUCCAAGCGUUCUAGGGGGUCGUGUUAUGGAUUCCUUUGCUGCUAACGAGGCGUCCAUGCGGGCCGUAAUUGAAGGGAAGCAAAUGGACACGUCCUUGUGGGCCACCCUAUACAUGGCCGCUACCCACGUGGGCGACGGCCCGGGUUCCGCAAAGCGGGCGUGGGAGCUGGCGGAGCUGUACCCGCAGGCUCGACGGGCUGCCGUACAACAGCUUGAGCGUGCGGGUUUGUUGGGACGGGGCGGGGUGGAUGUCCUUACGGCGCCGCAUUCGCCGGGAGACAAGGUAGUCUGGGCUAAGGGGACUUGGAUGAUCAAGAAGGGUGAUGUGGGCAAGGAGGUGAAGGGGAAGAUGAAGGAAGGUGACGGAAGCCUGAUCAAGACGAAGAUCCCUAGAAGAGUAUUUCUAUACUAA